GUUUACUUCCUGUUUGCAGUCUGCUAGAAGGGGUGUGUUGACAGAUCUUUGCUGAAAACCCUUUUCUCCGCCGUGAGCCCUGCUCUUUCCAUCACCUACUUCAUCAGAUACAACCGGAGUGAACCACCGGAUUCCGUACAUUAAGAUAAACUAGUUUCAAUGGACUUUUUCUAAGUUUUCGGGACGUUUCACUGCAGACUCGCCUCUGUUAGCUAAGAAUGCUAAAUGAAGUUAGCAUAGUGUGCUAGCUAGAAAUAUACGGAAACGGAAUGCGACCACAGCGGAGUCGGAGUAACAGUUCGAAGGAUAACAAAUUUUCAUGGACCCACAAUGUCCAGGUAAUCCCGUCUGAAUGGAUGGCGUGCUGCUCCCUCCAAUUUUAAACGUCUGGAUUAGCCCCCGGUGUUUUGCUAAGCUAAUGAGGUUAGCUCGCUAGCUGGAAGUAGGCGGACGCGAAUGUAAUCUUUCACCGCAGCGCACAUAAGAUCGAACAAACCAUUUUAACUUGAGUGUUUUUGAGGAAAAGUUUCUGUAAUUUAUAAAAAAUAAUGUCUAAAGUUCAAAUGCUGAGAGCCUUUGUCAACCAGCGACUAACUGCGGCUGCUGAAGAGAUCUUUGAGCUGUUUGAAACAACGAUAGCAGAGUACGAGGAGAAACUUGAGUUCAGUUCAAAAGAGAAUCACCGACAACGGAAACUACUGGACGCUGUUUACAACUCUGAAGUUCGGUCACACAGAGCAGUCUCCACAGAUGUCCAGCAGCCGUUUGUGGUUAAAGAAGAGGUUUCCCCUGAGCAGCAGGAGUGGAGCUCCAGUCUGGUCCAGGAGGACCCAGAGCCCCCACACAUUAAAGAGGAACAAGAGGAACUCUGGAGCAGUCAGGAGGGAGAGCAGCUUCAAGGGCUGGAGGAGGCUGAUGUCAAGUUCACAUUCACUUCUGUCUCUGUGAAGAGUGAAGAAGAUGAUGAGGAGAUACCCCAGUCCUCACAGUUUUAUAACAGACAAACUGAACAGAUGGAAACAGAAGCUGAUGGAGAGGACUGUGGAGGACCAGAACCAGCCAGGGACUCAGAUUCAGACACACAUCUACAACCAGACACCAUUGAGAGGACUUUACGCUCUGAACCUGAGACUGAUGACAGUAGAGAUUGGGAGGAGACACAGGAAUCUCAGUCAGAUUCAAACUUGUUGCAAAACAAUGAAGUACCCGUCAGUGAUAUGGACUGUAAUACUGGAAAAACAUCAUUAAGAGAUCAUGCGGGAAAAAAUUGUUUCACCUGUUCAGUUUGUAAAGCAAAUUUCAGUCUCAGUAACAGUUUGGUUAAACAUAUGAGAAUCCACACAGAGGAGAAACCAUUUUGUUGUACAGUUUGUAGUAAAAGAUUCGCACAGAGGCAACACCUGAGACGACACUUGACUUUCCACUCAGGGGUGAAACCAUUCAGUUGUUCAGUUUGCAGUAAAAAAUUUACACUAAAACAAAAUAUGAAACGACAUUUGGUUGUCCACACAGGGGAGAAACCAUUUAGUUGUUCAAUCUGUAGUAAAGGAUUUGCACUAAAGGGAGAUUUGAGACGACACCUGACUGUCCACACAGGAGAGAAACCAUUUAGUUGCAGCGUUUGCAAUAAAAGAUACACUCGGCCCUGUUUUGUCAAAAGACACAAGUGUGUUGGUGAGAGCAGCAAUAAUAAUUCAAGCUGUGGAGAUGCUUGUUGAAACAUUUUUUUUUCCAGCAGGAAUUCAAGUACUGACAGCGAGACUUUGUUAAACACUGAUUAGGAAACAGUCAGAAUUAAGACUGAUACAGACUCCAAAUUAAGUCUAAUCUUUAAUAGAUGAUCUUUGAUUUCAUUAUUUGAUUAGUAUAAUCUUUGAUUAGACUUGUUUUAAGUUGUCUUAAAAAUGUUAAUGUUCCCUCUACAUCACUGUCAUCAACAUUUGUGAUUAAUAAAUGAAACGACUUGACUUAGCUCCCAAUAACACAAUGUAUUUAUAAUUUAA